GGAACCCAGCACCAGGCGUGUUGGGUUCCAUUGAACCCAAGCGUGUUGGGUUCGAAGGAACCCAGGGCCUGGGUUCGAGGAACCCAAGCGUGCGUGCUCUGUACUCUUUUAUCUCUCUCUCCGCCUCUGAUCGAUAUCUGUUGUUAAACAAUGAGAGAGAUCCUUCACAUUCAGGGUGGACAAUGUGGGAACCAGAUUGGUGCUAAGUUCUGGGAAGUGGUCUGUGAUGAGCACGGUAUUGAUCCGACAGGACGAUACAAUGGAAACUCUGAUCUGCAACUGGAGCGUGUGAAUGUUUAUUAUAAUGAGGCUUCGUGUGGGCGAUUUGUCCCGCGUGCUGUGCUCAUGGAUCUGGAACCAGGUACUAUGGACAGUGUCAGGACUGGUCCCUACGAUCAGAUCUUCAGGCCUGAUAACUUUGUGUUUGGUCAAUCUGGCGCUGGUAACAACUGGGCUAAGGGCCAUUACACUGAGGGAGCUGAGCUCAUUGAUGCUGUUCUUGAUGUUGUGAGAAAAGAGGCAGAGAAUUGUGAUUUGUCCCAGGCGCUGGAAUCUGCUUCUCUGACCCAUGUACGCUUCAGCUCUGAAUGAGAAUUUGAGGAAUUGGUUCUUCUGGUUUCAUUUUCCUGAUUUUGGGGUUCCUGGUGUUUGUUCGGAGCUUCUCAUAAUCUCAUGUGAGCUGAAACUUUGUGAAUUUCCUGACUUUGGGUUAUUUUUCCAUGUGUUGGAUGGUUAAUCUUCCUUUCAACAGUAUGCUUAUGAUUUGAAUGAGAAUAUGGUGAAUUCAAUAAUUCUUGCAACAUUUUCCUGCUCUUGCUAAGUUUGGUUACGGUUCCCCUUUUAUUAUUUAUAUGGCUGGAUGGUUUUGCUUCCUUUGAUUUUUGCUCUCAUGUGCUUAAGAUGUGUUGUUUUCACUGCUUUGUUCUGAUUCUGCUGUUUGCUGUUGUCUGGAAUCUCACUGAUUUGUUCUAAUCAAUGAAAAUUAUGUGCUGCUUUGUUUUCUGGUAUGUGCUGUUGUUUUCGCUGCUUUGGUCUGAUUCUGUUGUUUGCUUUUAUUUUUGUUGUUAAUCCUACUUUCUUCUGUUGAUUACUCCUCGAGAUGGUCCAGUGUAUUGUCUAAUUGUUUACAGUUAAUAGCUUUUGAGGACUAUGUUUUGGCUGCUGAUUUAAAUAAAAUUCUUUAACCAGCUUGUGCAAUCAUACAGGUUGACUGCUCAUUUGAGCAUUAUAGACAAGGCAACCUGCGGUUUGCUCGAAGAUAACUAUGGAAAAACAGAAGAUCUCUAUAUACAGAGAGAGGUUGGACAAAACUUUGGCAUCUGCUGAACUAACAAAUGAGGAGACCCUCAAAACCCUUAUCAAAGGCAAAAGUGUCCAAGGAGUGGAGUCUUGAGGCUUAUAUCGUAGGGCCUCAUUAAGGCCCUCAACGACCAGGAUCUUUCCAAUCUAACAGCCACCAAUGCACGGUCACUUAGAGUGUGACACAUGUCUCCCUCAGCCAAAAGAGCUACGACCUUACACCUUCAGCUCGUCAGAGCUGACUCGUGUUUGAGUCGUUAGCUUGGAAGGGGGGAAAGAUGACUU